UCAAAACGCUACGCAACGAGUCUAAUUUGCGUUGCGACUUGAAAUCUCAAAGCUGUCGAAAUGGGACGAAACGUCAGUAUUAAUUAAUGAUUUCGUUGUCUUCCAAACACUGAAUACAACUCGGGUGAUAUGAAAGAAUAUGGAAAUGAUUCAUAGUCUACAAUGAAGCCCAUUGAAGUUAAUGAAGACAACUUUGAUUCCCUUCUUGCCUAUGAUGAUCUCUUCUUAGAUUACUUCAAUGCAUUUCUUCAAUAUCCAGCCUUCCCCCAGCCACUCUACUACAAUCGCCUGACUGGCUCCUUCCAGGAGGUGGAGGAUGAUUCUCCAUAUGGAGCAGUGCAUUCCUCUGGUGGAGACCCCAGGAGGAGGUACUAUGGACCAGGGGAUGCGGAGAGGGAGAGGAUCAUGGAUUGGGCCAGGAGGGAAAGAUUACCGCUAUUUCUCAGAACAAAGCUCUUCCUAGAAUACAAACUAUGCAAGCUUCUUAUCCGUCCACUCGAGGAGCGUCGAUCAACCAGCCGUCCAAGCAGCCGAGGCCUUAGAGGGUACAGCCGAGAGACGGCCAGCUACUCCAGCACUUCCAUGAGUCUAGCCCAAAGCCAUGAAGCAUCUGCCUAUGAGAAUGACAGUGAUUUCAGCUGGCCUGGUGAUGCUGACAGACUCUUCUUGUUCAAACACUUGCGGCCAGGAUCAAGAUGUAUUAGUAUGCCACCCAUGCUUGGGCUAACUGUCAAUGGUGCCUUAUGGAGUCCUAUAGAUGCGUAUCACUCUCGCAAGCUGUCCCCUACCAAAAACUCUUCACGCGGAAGCCGCAAAGUGACCGGGAAGUCCAAAUCAUCAAGAGAGAACUCCAGGCCGAGUCAGGAGACAGAAGUAGGACCAGGUGGAGAUGCCGGGUCAAAGGUUACCUUGCCUGAUGUCAACAGGGAAGAAACACAAUUGACCAUCAAGAGCAGAGAUACACAAAAAUCAAGAAAAAGUGCCUUGAAAACUGAAAGCAGCAAAGAAAACACCCCUAAGAAGAGGGCUACCAUCCAAACUCCUAGUAGAGACAGUUCAGGACGAAAAUCACUCACAGAACUUACAAACCAAAGACCUGAACCAGAUGGAGCAGAGCAGCAAAAGACACCUUCCAAAGAAAACGAGGAUGAUGGCAGUGAUGAUGAGGAGGAUGAAGAAGGAAUCGAGAGCGAAGAUGAGAGCUUGAACAAUGAUAGGGAGAAACUAGAGGAAGAAGAAGAGGUGGAGGAGGAGGAGCAGGAUGAAGAUGGGGCCAGCAUCGCUUUACCCCAAGCUGUCGUCGAUGAGGAGCAAGCCCUGGAGAAUGGUCUGAAGGAGGAUACACUCAUUGAUCAGGAAUUAAGAGUUGAGGGAGAUGGCGAAGCAGAACCAGAGCAUAGUAUGAUUGACUAUGAUGAAGAUCUCACUGCUGUAGAUGAAAGAACAGAGUCUGAAAUGAGACAAGUAGAGGUCAAGCAUCGGGUCACUUUUCAUCAACUGAAGGAGGAAAUUCUUGGCAGUUUGGUUGGUAUGGAGCUGUUCAAAGCUUUCUUGGCUGGGACUCUGGGAGAGGAUAUGCUUAAUUUCUGGUUGGAUUGUGAGAUGUACCGUGACAAUGUACAGAGCAUGGAGGGAGGUGCUGAUAUCAAAAGGACAAGGCUUUUCAGAGACAUCCAAGACAAGUACCGGUUCAAGCUGACACCAGAUGCCCAGAAACAAAUCAAGCAAGCCCAGGGGAACAUUGGUCUGAGUGAAUCAGUUUUUACAAGGACUCAGUACGAUGUACUCAGAAGGCUCAGGUCAUAUUGGGUAGCCAGGUUUCUCAUACAUCAGGAAAGGACAGGAGAAUACAGCUAUGAUCGACUGAGAGAGCGCCACCAACGGAUGAUGGAGGAUGCCAAGAAACCAAUGGAUACCUUCCUCCCAUCAAUAUCCCUGGUCAACUCCUUACCUGUCAGGCCUUCAUCCUGCUUCCGAUUGGCUACUACCCAGAAGGACUGGUCUAUCGUUGCCCAUGGAGGGCGCCGUAUGGAGGAGUACAUCCGGCCGGGACAUCUCAUGACGUUGGACGACACCAAGUAUAUACCAAGGCCGAUGUCGGCAAGGUUUCACGUGGGGCUGGCCUGUGAUAGAGAUGCAGGAAGACCUUUUCAGAGAUAUCUUGAAAAUCAUUCUGACCGGCUUCUUCUAGCAAAUCUUCUCUUCUGGCAAGAUGUAUCUGACUACGUCCUAGCUGAGGACAGAUCAGCUGACCGUUUGCUUCUCAUGGGUCAAGCAUGGUCAAUCUUCAAUAAAUACAUCAUGGAUGAUGGAAUAUGGAACAUUGAUCUACCUCCAGGAGAAAGGGACUUCAUCCAUAGCACUCUUCUCUUGACCAGUGACUUUGCCGAAGCUGCAACGUUUGACCGGGCCAAAGAACACGCAGUCCACAUGCUUCAGAGAGAAUGGCUCCACUUCUUGAAGGAAGACCUCAAAGUGUUUCUAGACUGCAGAGCCAGACCCGAGGAUCGUAUCUUGUCAGCGAGCUCUCACCGAUCAUCCUACUCAGAGAGGUCUGCUGUAGCAAGACAGGAAUCGCUUCUGGGAAAACUGCCUUCUGUACAUGUAGCCCCAGCUACUCGUCGAUAUAAGCCCAGCGAUGAGAGUAGUGAGACAAGCAUUGAAUCCAGCGAUAAUGACAGUGAUCCUGAGGAAGCAGCAGCUGCUGCUGCCUUGAAGAAGAAAAACAAAAAAGGCGGCAAGGCCAGCAAAGAGGAUGGAACCAGUCAGGCAGACAAAGAAGCCCUACGGAAACAACGUGAGGCCAAGAAGAAGAAGCAGAUCGCCAUGCAGCGGAAGCUGGUCCGACAGGCCAGGGCCAGGCAGCAGGCGGCCCAGAAGGGCGCCAAGGCCAACAAGCAGGGGGUGAAGUUUGAAGGAAAGGAUGGGAAGGAUCAAGGGAAAGCGGGAGCAGCUGGAGGAGAUGGCAAAGGAGACAAGAAGCCAGAGGAUGAGAAGGAGGCUACUUUCAAAAAGAUGUUCAAGAACAAGAGUGUAAUGAAUCUGUUCCGAACCUACGUCCAAGAUUUUGAGAGUAAGGACGUGAACAACAUGGUCCAGAUGUACUUUGAUGUUGAUGUAUGCUACCGUAUCCCUGAAACCCAUGCUGACAAACGAACAUCCAUUUCCAAACAGAUUUACAACAAUUUCUUUGAUCCAAACUCCAAAAGCAGUCACCAUACAAGGGCAAAAGGAAGGGCAAUCCCAUUGAAUCGAGAUGUAUUAGCCAGGCAGAACAGUGAAGGGGAUCGACUCUCAACCAAGACCAUGGAUAUGGCUUCCAAGUCUGUUCUGCCACAGAUUGAAGAGGCUUUCCAGAACUUCUGGGCAAGUUACAUGGAAUCGGGAGACGACCCUGGACUGAUGGGUGAAAGAGUUGAAGGCACGGCUACUAGCAGGACUGAGAGUACACAGAGUAUGGUUCUAGCAUACAAGAGAAGACGAAGAGGAAAGGGACCGCAUAGACAAUCCGGUCAACAGAUGCCCACUGCCCAGGACAAGAAUGAGUUCCAAACCCUCCUGAUCAAGUCAGCCAGAGGGAUCCCAUCCCAUAAGCUCAUGUACUUCCAUCGCUACCUGAUGGAUUACAAUGGCAAGGAUGGCGGGGCGGAUUAUCUGGACAAGGAUCUGGUCUUUUAUCUAGAGGCACAGAGAUUCAAGGAAGCAUGCCACUCCAACAUGGACAUCUCUUUAUUGAAGAGAAAGGUGGAGGUUAUUUUGGACUGCUUCAUUGAUUCUCCUCUUUCCAACUCUGGAAUUCUUGUUGACAUAUCCACUGAGAUGGCCAGCAAAGUGAUGAAGAAAGCCGACAUUUUCUUGAAGGAUACGGGCAAAGAUCCUCACAACCCAAACUUCUUUGACGAUGCCCAGUAUGCCUUGUUCAAGGAGAUGCUCCCUUACUUUGCAGCGUUCAGUAAACGCUACCAACAGCCAUCCUAUCAGCAGGAUAGACUGCCAUAUUCAAAGUAUGAGAAACUUGCCCGAGAUAGACUAAGAAAGUUUAUGGAUAUGAAAGAACCAAGCACGGAAUUCAAGUUACCCCUGGUCAACAACCCACCACAGAAUCGCACUGGUGGGACUGGGAUAACAUUCUCUAUCGGUGAUGGCUUGCAAUGGAAGAAGCAGGUGUUUGAUGGCAACGAGGGAAACGACGCAGCCAGUGAAGUGGGCUCCAUCCAGGUCCCUCGUAGUGCCAGGGCUAGCACCAGAGAUUCUAGUUCUACUCCCGGAUCCACGCAUCAGAAGCAAUAUCGGAGCAAUCUAACCAGAUCCCUGGACUCGAUAGAAACCCCACCUAGACCCAGCAGGGUCAGUGUAGUUCCAAGACUAUCAGUAGUAGUCCAGGAUCUGUAAGUCAGGGACUUCUACUUUGACCCACCAAUGUCAGUGUAGAUUGCAGAGGUAGUCCAGGGCUCUGUUGCAUGACAUUUACUAUUAUGGUAACUUUGCCAUUCAGUAUGGUACAUUGCAUGAAAUCCUUGAUUUUGAUUGGCUGUGAGGCAUCAUUACCAUGGUAUUUUUUAUUUGAAGGUAAAGUUACCAUGGAUAGUAUUUUUUAUGCAAUGGGUCACAGAACUUAAAUGCAAUUCACUAACAAACAGAAAGUCACUCUGUUGAAUGAAUUUCUUAAGAGUGAAUGAGGAAAAUGUGUCAUUGUGUUGCAUUAGGUGUGUACAUAUAGUAAAUUGCUCUUCAAAUGUAUUUAUUUCAGAAAUUGGGGGAUAUGUGACUCCAAUUCCACAUUAUGCAGAUCAUACAGAAAAUAUCCCAAAUCAAGGACAAAUUUUGAAGAAAAAAAAACGGAGCUGCUUCCUUUCAUCAAUGGAUGGCAGUUAAGUUACGGCACCUGAACAAAAUUCUGAUCGGCCUCUUUCAGUAGGUAUCCUGCUCAGUGUCCUCACUAAUCCUCCGAUAUUAGCAUAGAGAAAACAAUAUGGAAACAUGAUUUUUUAAGAAAAGAUGCAGUAUUGACUUAUUUUAACGAGCCUAUAAAGAACUGCAUCAGAUAUUUAUUUUGUAAAUCAUGUUCUAUACAUUUUUAUAGCAUUUUUUUUUAAAGUCAUGUUAAAUCUGCAUCACAUAAAAAAUCAAACUCUAUUACAAGUAAAAAAAUUUGGAAAGGAGAUUUUAUUUAAUAUUAUGAAAAUUAUUUCAUAAUUGAUAAUUACAUGCUUGUCAAAAAUUUCAGUAUUUAUAUCCUCAAUGCUUAAUAUAAAACCAGUAGUACAUUUAUACAGUAUAUUUAAAAAAAAUUGACACUUAAAAAAGUAAUAAUGUUUUAUCUUUAUGUCAUUUUGUGUGUAUGUUUAGGAUUAAAUAGUCAUGCAGAUUUAGGUUUUAAAUGUAAUGAAAUUUUAGUGAAUUCUGUUUUCAAACCAUUCUGAGUUAUUUUCUCAGAAGAAAAUAAUGACAAAUUUUCUUUGGACAGUGUCUUUAAAUCUUUCCUUAAAUCAGUAUUGUAAUGAUGCUGUUUAUUAUUCUAUAGAUAUCAGUAAAGCAUGUUAGCUUGGUCUUAGUUUAUAGUCAGUUAUUUCAUUGCCAGUCAGCAUUGUACUAUUUCAUAUGCACAUUAAUUUGUUAAAGAUUAACUAAAUUAAGUGAUAAUACUUCAAACCAUACAACAUAUGGCAUUAGAUAAAAUUUGUUUGAACAUCUGUAUUGUCUAUCUAGCUAUUUUAGCUUUUAUGAUGAAAGUUCGUGAAAGUUCACCAGUCAGCAUAG